AUGAAGGUGCACUCGCCUCCGAGGAGGAGACUCAGGCGCAGCCGCGUCCUCUUCUUCGUCUCAGGUGUGCUGCUGUGUUUCGUCUACACGCUGACUCUGAAGGCCCGGCUGUCGGAGCCCCGAGCCUCCGCCCGGGCAGAUGACGGAGCAGAGGGGGGCGGUGGUGAUGUGGUGGAGGUCCAUGUUCGAGAGGUGAUGGCGUCCAAUGAGACGGAGGAGGUGGUCGUCUCACCUGAGGGCACCAAACCUCCUCUGGUGAUCAUCGUCAACAGGACAGAUAUAGAACAGUGUAUCUAUGUAGAUCCUCAGCCUCCCAAACCGACCUCACCUCCUCCUCCACCUCUGACCACUGCAGCUCCAUCUCCUCCCCCACCGCAGCCCCCUCACAGGAAGGGCGAGUACCCCGAGGACAUCUUCUCAGUGGAGCAGCGGCGACAAGGCUGGGUGGUCCUGCACAUCCUGGGCAUGACCUACAUGUUUGUCGCCCUGGCCAUCGUCUGCGAUGAGUUCUUCGUCCCUGGGCUGGAGGUCAUCACCAACAAGCUGCAGAUCUCCGAUGACGUGGCCGGGGCGACCUUCAUGGCGGCCGGAGGCUCAGCCCCCGAGCUCUUCACCUCCCUGAUCGGCGUCUUCAUCUCCCACAGCAACGUGGGCAUCGGCACCAUCGUGGGCUCGGCCGUCUUCAACAUCCUCUUUGUGAUUGGCAUGUGCGCCAUCUUCUCCCGGGAGAUGCUGCACCUCACCUGGUGGCCCCUCUUCAGAGACGUGACCUUCUACAUCCUGGACCUCAUCAUGCUCAUCGUCUUCUUCCUGGACAACAUGAUCCUGUGGUGGGAGAGCAUGCUGCUGGUGCUAGGCUACAUCAGCUACGUGAGCUUCAUGAAGUUCAACAGUCAGAUCGAGCAUGCGGUCAAGACCCAGGUCAACAAGCACAUGAGUAUCGUGAAGGUUUGGACCGCAGAGGAGCCGGAGAAGGAGAGUGAAGCUCCUCCACCUCCUCCACCUCCUCCUCCUCCUGCUCCUGCUGCUGCUGCUCCUCCAGCUGAUCCUCCAAAACCUGAAGAGAAAUCCAAACCAGAACCGGCACCACCUCCCAGCAGCCCUCAGUCCAGCAAACUGCUGCCGGAUCCACAAGAGGACAAAGCAAGACUGAGGGUUCGUCCCGUCCUGCAGCGAGGCGGCAGCACGGCGUCCCUCCACAACACCUCUCUGAGGAGCACCAUCUUCCAGCUGAUGAUCCACACACUGGACCCUCUGGGAGAAGCCAAGAACAAAGUAAAACCUCUGAACAUCCCGUCGACCAGCAAGUGUCAUCACCGCCACGGGGAAG